AGAACAUUUGCGGCGAUAGACACCCGCCUCCCCAACCACAUGAUCAGGUUACGGACGUGUAGCGAAGAGGGUUGAUGGUAGAUCUUUAUUCAUCUGUGACAGAAAGAAGGAAAAAAACGGGGAAAAGAAGAGGCUAAUCACCAUCCAUGGCCGCGUCUGAAAUUGUAGAAGAGUCUGAGGCGACAGAGCCACUGUUUAAGCAAUACAAAGCAAAUGAGGUCCUCGAGAUCAAGAAGCCUCGUUUGCACAAGCUGCUAGAGAAACAGCCCAUGUCUAUGGGGGCUUUUCAGACAAUAUGCGGGAUCACGAUAUUUGGACUUGGGAUUGUAACAGCUACUUCGGAAGAGGUGACUCUGGGAAUCCUGCUCAGAGUGCCAAUUCUCACCGGGAUUCUGUUUUUCUUUUCUGGCUUAUUGUCUUUCCUGCUGUACAAAUUCCCUGCAUUCCUCCACGUCUCCUAUGUUGUUAAUGUGGGCAGUUUUCUGGUUGCUGGGAUUGGAGUCAUACUGCUGUCUGUUGAUAUUUACUUCUGGAAUUCAAGAAAGGUGGAACCCUGUGGGAAAUAUCCAUAUUACUGGAACUCCUGGGACCGCCCCCUGAGUUGUAAUUAUAAGGGGGUCAUGCGUGUGCAAGCGAUCAUCCUGGGCGUGACGCUGGCGGAGAUGAUGGUCACUGCUGUUCUUCUGUACCUGCUGCACGUGGAGCGCAACAGGGAGAAAGACAGCGGCCUGCAGUAGCCGCAGAGGCUUGAGGCCGUCUUCGGGGCCAAACCCACCGCUCUCUUCUGAUGGAAUGUUCACAUUUACAGUCUUGCAGGCCUUCACUGCUAAUGCUUUGUGAUUCUCCCAGGGCGUCUGUUCCAAUGAGCAGAUUUUGCUCCAAGAAGAAGUGAAAAUGUACAGAUCAUGGAUGAUUCACUUCUUGUGUUCAGUUUAGCUGCUCAGGAAAUCUGUUAAAAUGCAUUUUGAUGUUGUCAAAUACAAGAUGCUUCCUCCUUUAGUGAAAAACUAUUUAUGCUUAGAGAAUGGGAUCUAAUAAUGAAAUCAUUUGUGACUUGAAAUGUAAAACAUUUGUUCAGAUUUUUAAAAAAUAUAUAUAUUUUUUUGCCA